AUGGAGUCACUACCGUACCGCGGCUCUACCUCGAGCUUCUAUCGCUUUGACUCCGGUACUGUCCUUAAAUCACCGAUGAAGGUUUGGGAGGGAAAUCCCAACCGCGAGAGACUACAGGCAGAAAAUGAAGUCGCUAUUCGUUUUGAAGGCCAAAUUCUGUAUAAAUUGGGUUCUCAUCCCAGAAUUGUCCCGUUUGUGGACCCUCCAAACUUACAUAGCCGUGGGCUGAGCAACAACAGGUAUCUAGGACCUCAUACCCCCUCUGGAGGCAUUCUGCUUUCUCAAGCCAGCCAUGGAACCCUCCAGGCGUACCUUGACUCCAACAACACAGCGAUUGACAAGUCAUUACGCUGGAAAUGGUCUGUACAGGCGGUUGAAGCCGUCGCACACGUGCACAGCCAGGGAGUCAUCCACUCCGAUCUUAAACCCGAGAAUUACCUAGUGCAUGCCACGGCCGAUGGGUCAUCGCUAGACCUCUGGCUCUGUGACUUUGGUGGAUCCACCUGUCGCGAGCUGGGACACAGUAUUCCCCACCUGCCCGACGAUCCCUUCUUCGAUGUUCGAAUGCCGUGGAUUCCGACAGAGGCAAUUGAUAUCUUCAGUCUGGGAUCGAUCAUCUACACUAUUCUAACGGGACAUUGGCCAUAUAGGGAGGGCACGCCGCCUCUAAAGCUAGAUGACAUAGGAUUUUAUGAGACCUAUGUCAACGAAAUGAUUACGAAGGGUGUAUUCCCGGACGUGUCUUCACUGAGAGCCGGGAAGGUGAUCAGGGGAUGCUGGGACCACCAAUAUCAAACGACCAAGGAGGUGCUUGAGGCCAUGAGAUUGGAACUCGCUGCACUAGAUAAGGAGGAUGUAUAG